CAAAUGAUUGUUGGCAGCACUGAGAUCUCGAUAAACAGUUGAAAAUUUAAUUUCAAGCGUCCGCCAGAUUUUCUUAUAUAUUUUUUUUCUUAAUAAAGCUAGAUUGUGGUUGCAUUUAUGUUUUAUUUUAUCAAAUCUUUUAUUGCAAUAUGAAUAGUUCCAACGAUAAUUGUGCUGUAAAGAUUGCAGUUCGGGAAAGGCCGGUCAGGGAGUCCUUGAAAACAAGCAAGGACCCUAGCGUAAUCAGCUACCAUCCAAAUGCUAAUAUUCUGAUUGUUGACGAGAGGCCAUUUACAUUCGAUUAUGUCUUGGGUCCAUCUGUUACACAAGCGCAAGUCUUUGAAGAGUUGAUUAAGCCCCUGGUGACUAACUUGAAGCAAGGUUACAACUGUACUGCUUUAGCAUAUGGGCAGACUGGAACGGGGAAAUCUUAUAGCAUGGGAUUGGAUUCAGUUAAUUUUGAAGGCGAAAAUAUUGGUGUUAUACCCCGCUGUCUAAAAGAAAUGUUCACCAUAGAGGAAAAUCAAAUUGCCUCAGAAACUAAUACAAAUUUUCCUACAGAGAAAAAGGUGUUGUCCGUGUCGUUCAUAGAGAUUUAUAAUGAAAAGGUAUAUGAUCUAUUGGCAGAGAACGUUAACGAACCUAUUAUAGCAAAAGGUUAUAGAUAUACUGGUGGAUCCCGUAAAACCUUAAAAAGCAUAGAAGACUGUUAUGCUAUUCUUAUGCAGGGUAAUAAAAAUCGCCAUGUUCGUCCAACGAAAAUGAAUACUCAAAGCUCUCGCUCGCAUGCAAUAUUUACCAUACACAUGCAGCGCUUUUCAAAGAAUGCUAGCGAUGAGGAGACUAUUAUAUCUUCUUGUAUGAAUAUUGUGGAUCUUGCCGGUUCUGAAGGUGUGCGUCGCACCGGUCACCAAGGGAUGGCUAUGUCUGAAGGUGUUAACAUCAAUCAGGGUUUGUUGUCAAUAGGAAAAGUCUUACAAGCCAUGACAAUGGGAAGUAAAGUCAUACCGUAUCGCGAUAGCGUACUUAGUUCUGUGCUACAAGAUUCCCUCAAUGCAAAUUCAUAUUUAACGCUCUUGGCUUGUAUAAGCCCGCAUCGCGAGGAUUUGAGUGAAACUCUUUCAACUCUAAGAUUUGCCCAGAAUGCCAAACAAUUGAAAAAUACGCCACAAAUCAAUAACAUAAUAGCUGAUAUUAAGAAAAAUGCAAAGAUCAAACAGACACCAUAUAAAGUGAGGCCCUUACAGCUCAGUAAUACUAACAAAACGACACCAUUGAAACGGAGUUAUAGUGCCUUGAAUGGUUUUCCACCUAAAUCGGCGGUAAAGAGCAACACUUUUUGUACACCCAAAAAGCAACGGGUGGAGAUUAAUAGAUGCAAUCAGACCGAAAUAGCCACCAACAACAACAGGCCAAAGCUAUCGAAUAUAGCCAUGAACCUACCACAAAUGGGGCAAUUGGAAUCUACCCACAAUCGAGAGUCAUUAUUCAAUCGCAGUUUGGACUCUAAUGGAUCUUUAUUGAGUUUGAAUAUAUCAACCUCAACAGCCGUUGAUGGUCCUGUCAACAACAAAGGGAACAAUAAUGACAAUCUCAACAACAACAGCAAUUUCAGCCCAGUUAUACGAAAAUAUAUGACGGAAUUGGAAACUGGUUUGGAAAAGAAGUUUAUGGAAAUUUUGCAACGUAAUUUGCAUGCUUUCAUUCCAACCCAAACUCCUGCUCCUACUCCUGCUCCAGUAUCUUUGAGCCAAAACAAAACGCCAUUUCCAUCAUCGGUACGUCAGGAAAUAAAAAGUAUUAUGAAAGAAGUUCUAUGCGAAAGUCCCUUAAAGGCAGAUGCAAAAUGCAAGCUGUUUAAUUCUAGCGCCGACUUAUUCAAAAUUCCCGAAGUGCCUGAGGAGAAAAAUGACCGACCUAAAACUUCAAGUCCAAAUUUAGGCAACGAACGAGCUUCGUUUACCGAAACCUUUUUUGCAGGAGCAUCAUCUUGCGAUAAAAAUGUUUUGAGGCGAUCAAUUCGAAGAUCUCGUCGUAUUUCCGAACGUUUUUGUGUUAAUGAGUCUGUACUCAAUGAAACACAAGAGCCAAACAUAUUAAAUGAUAGCAAAAAGCAUGCCACUCGCCGAAGUUCUCGUCGGUCGGUUUUGCAAAGUUAUAUUGAUAAACGUCGUAGUAUACGACUUGCAUCUCAUCCCGAAUCAGUUGAGCAACCAACGACAUCCUUACCCUCAAAGACACCUAAGAAGUCUAGAAAGUCGUUAUCAACAUCGAAGUCAAGUAAAACAAGUCAUUCUUCUAGCGGUGUCUUAAUAUCCCAAAUUUGCAAUGCUACAUCUACAAAUAGUAAAACAAACCUGAGUAGGCAUCGAAAAGCAAUUUUGGAACUCCUCAACAAAGGCUCAAUGAAGGAAAUACAAAUCUUACCAAUGGUUGGCCAGAAGCGAUCGUUUCAGAUAGUCACUCAAAGAACACUUCAUGGUAAAUUUAAAAAUUGGCAACAAGUUGAAAAGCUUCCUUUAUGGCGUGGCAAGGAGUGGGAACGAUUUGCAGAGGCAAAUUGUUUGCUGUGAGUUGGCCUAGACUGCAAUACAUAUUCAUAUUUCUAUUUAAAUCAAUAAUUUAGUGUGAUAUUUGUUAAUAUUGUUAAGAUAUUGUAUUGAAUAAUAAACAAAUUAUGAUUAUUUUUAUGAUACCUUUACAGAUUGGUAGUUAAUAAAAAUAUUCGAAUUAAA